AUGAAACUAGAUGCCGAUGAAGUAUUCAGGAAUUAUAACCAUAGUGAAACAAUAAAAAUUAUUGACAAUUUAAGAAAAGAAAUAAUUAAAAAGGAAGAUUCAAUUAAGGAUUUUUUAAAAAAAAAGAAUACUACUGUAAUUAAAAAUACAAUUAAAAUUAAAAACAUAUAUGGAAGUGUGGAGAAGAUAAAAUCCAAUUUAGAAGAUAUAAUAGUUAAUUAUAAUGAGCUUAUAAAUGAUAUAAAAAAUAAAAAUUCUCUUUAUUUUAAAGAAUCAUACGCAAAAGAAUUAAAUGAAUCUGAAAAAAAUUUAAUAAAAGAUGCCUGGUUGAGGAAAUAUGAUAAGUAUGAAUUUUUGUUUAAAAUUUCUACUAUAAAUAAUGAAUAUGAUUUUGUAAAAAAAAAAAAAGAAGAAUUAGUUAAUUAUGAUUUCUUUUAUUUAAACAAUUAUAUUAACAAUAUUUAUUUUGAUAUUAAUAAAAGGGUAAGUGAACAAGAGUAUUUAUUUACUGUAAAUAAAAUUUAUACAGAUAUUUUUAUAUGCUUAAAAGUUUUGAGUUCUAUUCUUAAAAAUAAAGAAAUCAAAGAAAACUACACAAAUAUGUUUAAAAAUGAAAAUUGUGUUUAUUAUUUAAAUUCUUUUGUAGAAAAGCAUAGAGAUAAUUUUUGCGAAAUAUUAUUAAAAUUAAUAUAUUCUUCUUUUUAUAAUUUAACAUAUAAUAAUUCCUGCAAUAUAAAAACUAUACCGAAAUCUAUAAUUAUAUUAUUAAUUUUUCACAAUGAAAAUAACUGUCAAACAAUAGACAUUGUUAAGAAUGAUUUAUUUUAUGAAAUUUUUAUUUCACGAAUAAAUCUAAUAAAUAAAUUUAUUCAAAAAAAAAGUAAUAUUAAAGAUUUUAAUUUUGAGAAGUUAAAAAAUUAUUUUAAAAAAAUAAUAAAUUUGAUAUUAAAUAGCAAGUAUAUAUUACUGCUAUUAAUUGACACAAAUAACGUAGAAUUUCUUAAAAAAUUAAAAGAUGAAGAAAAUUAUUUUUCAUCAGAACGGUAUUAUAAUAAUAAAUCUGCAGAGAAUAAUGAAAAUGAAAAUAUUUCUUUAAUAGAAGAAAAUAACAAAAUUGAUAGCAAUACUCAUUUUGAGAAUACUCAAGAAAAUGAAAAUAAAUUUUUAGAUAAUAUGAAAAAAGAAGUGUUUAUUUUACAAAAUAUAUGCCAUAAAAAUGAAAGAGAAAUAAAAAAAAAUAAGGAAUAUUUCAAUUAUUCUAUAAAUAGUAUUGAAGAAAUAAAAAGUAUUAUGAAUAAAAAUAAUAUUGAGAAUUUUAUGUUAUUGCAUAAAAGUUAUAAAGAAUGUGUUAAUAAAAUAUAUAAAUAUAUGAUAAAUUUAUUACAAGAAUAUUAUAAAAAUCAAUAUAUAAUGUGUAAAGAUUUUUUCAAAGAGUAUACAAACAUUAGAUUGUUUUAUAAUGAAAUAAAGGAAAAAAUAUGUACCAAAGAAAAGUAUUUUAGUACAUUUAUAGGCAAUAUUAAUUCUUACAUAAACAAUAACUAUUUGAAUUUUAUUCUUGAAAAAGUAUUUGAAAUAUAUUUUUUCCUCUUUUUUAACAAGUCUAUAACUGCAAUUCCAUUUUUUGACACAAAGCCAAUUAAUAAAUGGAAAUUUUUAAUUAGAGAUACAUUUCGAAAUUUAUUUUAUAACAUAUCUUUAUUUUAUGAGAAAAAAUUUGAAAUACAUAAUUACAUAUUUUAUUCUUUUGUAUUAAAUUCCUUUUAUUUCUACUAUGAAUUUUACAAUAUUGAUUUAAAAUUAAUAUACACAGAAUUUUUAAAAAUUGAAAACUUUUCCAACAAAAAUGGUAAAAUAAAAAAAAAUUUUCAAAAAGAAUUAUCAGAAUAUCUUUUCACAAAUAAAAAUAUUUCAAAGGAAAAAUAUUUUCAUAGUGACUUCAAAAAAAUUAUAAAAGAGAAAAUUCAUCCAUUAAUAUAUUGUGCUUAUAAACUAAUUAUAUUUAUUGAUAGCAAAGAAAUUAAGAAAACUGGAAAUGUUGAUUUUUUAUAUACGUAUGAAAAUACUGAUUGGGAUGAUUUUUAUAAUACAUUUGACGUAUUUAGUAACAUAUUAAAAUAUUAUAAUAAUGAAAAUAAUGACACAGAUAAUAAUAUUUCAAAAAAAAGUAAUAUCAUAUUAACCUUCUUUGAAUCAUUUAAUGCAGAAAAAGCAGAAAUAAUAAAUCCUUCUAAUAAUAAAAAUAGUAAGUCAUAUAAUUUUACCAACCUAAACAAUAUUAACUAUACUACAGAGCAUAUGAGCAAUAAUAAUAAAGAUGAGGUUAAUGAAGAUGUAAUCUCUAUUAACCCUUAUAAUGUAUUAAAUAAUAAUGAAGAAAUCCAAACAAAUGAAUUGUUUAAUGAAGAAAAUAAGGAACUUUAUUUUUAUAUAAAUCUUAUUAGAUAUAAUAAUAAGCAUUCAUUUAGCAAAUUUUUGAAUUUUUAUGAGAAUUUUGAAAAAAGUAUUGAGUCAAAUGAUGAUAAUGUAAAUAAAAAGAAUGAUGAUUCAUAUCUUAAAGAAUUUUUAAAUAAAGAUUUACAAAACGAACCAAAUUUUUGUUUAACUGAUUUAAAAAGUAUGUUUUUUACCUUGGUGUAUAAUAUAUUUAAGAUUUCAUUAAAAUGUUUUUGUUUAGAAUAUUUUGAUAAUUUAAACAGGUAUUUGGAUUUUUUUUUGAAUAUAUUAUUAAAUGAUGAAAUAAAGAAUAUUCUAUGUGAAAGGAUGAAUUGUUAUUUAAUAAAUAUAUUCAUUUUUUCUAAUAUAUAUAUAAUAUAUAUUGAAAAAUUAAUGGGAACAGAUAUGCAUAGAAGUAUUAUAAUAUUCAUAGUAAAAACUAUUCUUCAGAAGAAAAUUUAUAAGAUUUAUUAUAAUUUUCUUAGUAAGCUAAAAGAGCUCUAUUUUUAUGAAGAAGAAAAAAGAAAGGAUAAGAAAAAUUUAUUGAAUACAAAAAUAACACAAUUGUAUAAUAUCAUAUUACUAGAUUUAUGUUUUUGUGAACAAGUUUUAGAUAAAAACACAAUUAUAAAUAAAUCUUUUUAUGAAAAUCUUAUUUUAAGAUAUAAGGAAAAUAAAAAAUAUUACAUAAAAUCAUGUUUUUAUUUUAUUGACAUGUACAAAGAAAAAUAUAACGUUUACAGUGAACAAAAAAUUAAUGAAAAUAAUAGAAGAAAGCAUAUAUUAUUUUUAAAAUUAAAUGAAAAGUAUAAAAGGGGAAAAAAAAACCUUUCAAUCUAUUUGUUAAAAAGAAUCAUAGAUGAUAUUUUAAUAGAGUUAAAUAAAUUAGAUAACCUCAAUACUAUAAUUUUUCAGAAACACAUACGCCUAUCGGCUCAAAAUAUAAUAAAAAAUUCUUAUUUAUUAUAUUAUUUAUUUGUUAAUGGUUCAACGUUAAAUAAUUUAUUAAAUACUCAAAAAAAUACUAUUGAAAAAUCAUUAGAAAUUUUUAAUUUUAAUAAAGUUGAUAUGAUUAAUAAUAAUUUUAUUGAAAAUAAAUUAUUUAAAUUUUUUUUAUAA